UGCAAUAAAUGGAGCCUGCGAUUCAAUCGAAUGUCAACGGCGUGGAGACAUGCGCGAUGGAGACCCAGGACAUUGUCAAGGGUAUCGCAGUUAUCAGCAACGAAGGCAUAUCGGCCGGAGCAAACACCACAGACUGUGCAGUGGUCCUUGCAGCAAUUUGUGAGCAGACUGCAGACAUGAUGACGGAUGGUGAGGCCAGUGAGAAUGAUGCACGGUGUGUUGUUGCAGACGAGAAUGUGGUCAGGACGUCAGCAGAAACUCUCUUCCCCUAUGACAUCAAUUGGGUGCCUGGUCGUCUUCAACCGGGUAUCGUUGGAGGAGCGGCGUGCUUCGCGUUCAAAGUCAAUGGGGAAUGGGUUCCAUAUCCCGCUCCCAAAGCGACGUCGUGGAGGGGCGUGACUCUGUCAAUCAUCUUCGACAGAGUGCUGAGGUUGAACGAUGAGGUGAGCGCUGACGACAAAUCGCGGCAUGUGUUGAAACUGUGGCAUGUUCAAGACGCGAAGGGCGAGUUGAGGCUCAAUGAUUUUGAGUAUGACAGUGUCGACUGCGGAGAGUCAUGGGUGAUUGGCGGGUUGGACACUGCAGCGAGUUCGGUUUGCCCACUGACUGAUGCCACGGGGGAUCCACGGUGGGGUUGGGUGCCACAUGACGCCCCGCCUCUUUGUGGUUGUGUGAAGGUGCCGAUGCGUGAUGCCAUGGGGAAUGUAUGGACCACGUGUUAUAUAAACGGCAGCUUCUCAUCUAGGCACCUGAACAGGGAGGUGACUGAAGAGGAGAAAAUGGCAAUGGCUUGUCCCACCCCUGCUGCUCGUUGUUUUUCGCCGCCUCUUCGGAACCCUGUGGAGCUCGAGGUGGCAGAGGGGAAAGUGUUCGCGGGUGACCAUGGAUACACAUACACGCAUGCCAGAGGGGAGGACGCUACUGCUGAUGGAAUAACCACGCUGGUAUGGGACCCAUUCAACCUGAACCCUGACGUUCUGGCUGCCAUAGACAUUGCGGCCCAUGUCAUCCCCGAGGGGCAGUUGCAGCAGCAUGUGGCCCCUCAGAAGUAUGGAUAUCGUGUGAAUUGGGUCCCAGGAUGUCUGCAGCCGGCAACAGUUGAUGGCAAGGUGACCAUGGCAGCGAAACUGCAGACAGGCCAUUGGCUGCCCUUGGGGUGGAUGCAUGCAGGCAUGGUGGAGCAGUGGCAGUUCCUGGUGGUAGUUGCACGUGUCUCCAUUUUCAAUGCAGAUGUGAAGGACCACGUGCUCGUUGUGGAGCAUGCAAAGCGGUGCUGGGAGAAGAUAAGGGAGGAGGACCAUCAGAUGGUGUGCAUGGGUUACGACUCCAUGCCAGACGAGGGGAUGUGGUCCAUGGUUGAGGGGAGUCCUGGUGGGCAAGGGCAGGGCGAUGGCGAGAACAGGUACAUGACUCACAUCCGCCGCAGGCAUGGUUGCUCCGCCCUUGUUGGUUGGGUCCCGGCCGUAUGUCGCAUGACAUACGAGCAAGGUGGAGAGAUGAUGAUGAGGUUCAGGGACCCGCUUGGUGUGUCGUUUCUGCUGACGUACUCGGAUAGCCUCCUGCGAGACAUUCAGUAUAUGGUGGCCGAGGACACCCGAGGUGGACAUCGGAGGCCGGGACAGACGGAGGAGACGCGCCCGGGACAUAAGGAUGGUUUGUCUGCUGAGGUGGAGGACCCAUGUGGCGGUGAGCGAGUUGCAGGGUGCUCUGCAGCGCAGGGUGACGUGGCCGGGCCCAGCAAGACAACGAUGUCCCACAGCCCGAGGAAGGUGAAGGCGGUUGUGUCGAGGCCGCGGAGGGGGAAGACGGCUGGUGACAAGCAAAAGAAGAACCCCCAGCCUGUGCCACAGACCGGUAACAAUGCAGAUUCGCCUGCACGUGUCCACAGACGCCGCAAACACCCCGGGAUGGCAGCUUUGACAGAGAUCAGGAAGCUGCAACGAUCCACCGACCUUUAGGAGGGCUUCCACUACAACGGGCGUGGCGAGUUGUCUUUGUUGGAGGAGAGGGUGCCGGGGUACUUUGCUGUUAGCGUGGAUAUGAGAUCCACGAUCAUGGCCAACGGCAGUGGUUGUGUGCAGGCACGAAUACUCUUGGAACGAUUGAGAGAGUCACCUGAUGUUCGUGUGGACAGCGACGCGGAAGACAGCCCAUACAGUCUAAAAGGAGUUGUGCAGUGGAUGUGCAGCGAAGGCAUGUGCGACGAAGGACUUGUCGACAUGAGAAUGCAGCAGAAAGGGGGGACCUAUACACCUGUGGCUUUCAUGAAGUUUAUGGUGAGUGUGGCGAAGGGAUGGGACAUGCUUGUUGAAGGGGCGAACGACGAGUUGAAGAGGGGUGUUGCAGAAAUACUAGUGCUGUCCAGAAUCAAGGACAUGACACAAACACCGCCCCAGGACUUUCAAGAGCUUGCCGUGAUUGUUGCAGACGGUGUGGAAUACGAGAAUGAUGCUGCCCACGACCCGGGACCAUUCAACAUAGGCGUAACCAAUCUCGCUGGUGAUGAGAGCGAGGACGAGAGGGCGGAGGACGACGCAAAUGGGGCAGCCGGUGAUAACGCAGAGCCGGCAGCACAACCCGUUGAGCCUUUUGACGGCUCGCGCAGGCUAGCAACGCUUAUUUUCUCCGCCAGGGGCGGCGUCGGUAUGUCACAUACGGACGUUGAUGCUCUCUUGUCACUUCUCAAAGACCCGAGAUUCAGCACGACGGACAUUGCGUACCGCAACAGUCGAGAGUGCUUCGCAUGGGCGGGCAGUCUAGUAGAGGCCGCUGGGUGGAAGGAGUUGGAUCUGCGUAGUGAUGACUGGCUUCGAGAAGCGCAUGCCAUCUUGUGGCACCGCGAUUGGCGAACUGCAUUCUUAUCGAUAAUGCACGUCGCGUUGCAGAAAUGCGAGACGGUUCAUUCCCUCGAGGUGUCCCCGCCGUCGGAGGACAACAGUGUAUCCGGUCCGCGCAGCGGGGCGCUCAGUUAUCACACGAAGUCAAUCAUUCGAGCGCACAAAGGUGUCGACGAGAAUGGAAAUCCACGAUAUGUAAUCCCUCUCUCACUGUACUCCGACAAGACACACACAGACGGUCGUCAGAAACAGACGGCAUACCCUCUUAUGAUGUCGCUAGCCGACCACGCGUCGGAAGCCACUCUGCUGGCCUAUCUUCCCGUGCUUCAUCAUCGACCCCGUGACAAAGGAUGGGGUCUACAGUCCACCGCAUUCAGGAAGCGAAAGGCCGUCAUCUUCCACAAGGCCCUUUCGACGGUCUUGCAAGCUGCGAAGGAGACAUCGCACGACGGCAUCACGAUACCGUCGACGCGAUUCGGGGAUGUGACUGUCCACCCUUUCCUCCUCAACUAUAUACAGGACUACCCAGAGCGAUGUGCGCUGGCGAAUGCGAAGUUUGGUGUAUGCCCUACAUGCACCGUGUCGAAAACGGACCUCGAUGUCGCGGCCGAUUUCACGGACAGCAGGAGAUCCCAGACGCUGGAAACUCAACUCGCAGCAGCUUUGUUCACGGGGGACGACGAUGACGUGCGCUGUGCGGCGGAAGGGCGAAUGGCGGAGUUGGACAUGCAUAGGCAUGUUGAACAAAACGGCCUUUGGGGGUUCUACAGGGGGCCGAGUGGCGAUGAUCCUCAGCUAGACUACCACCUCGCAUUGCAACCAGACCGUAUGCACACGAUCGAACACGGCUUAUUCCUGCACAUGAUCGACGCAUUCAGGGCGGCAGCCUUUGAGAAGUUGCCGAACACACCGCAAACAGAGAUCCUGAAGGAACUCGAUGCAAGAUUGCAAUGC